GUUUAUAAUCCUAUAGGUCAGUAUCUGUAGAGUAGUUGAAAAUAAAUCAAACACAAAUUAUUAUUUUUUUAUUUCUCAAAGAAAUACUUUAUUAUGAUACUGUUUUUCACAAGUCGAAGAUAUUUUUCUUUAGUUCAUCAGAACAUAUCAAAUAAAAUAGUCUAUAAUCUUCAAUGCAAUUGAAAGAUUUCUCCGACUUCUAAAGACUUAAGCAAAAAUCAGUAUCCUAUAUAUUUCGAGAAAAUCCUAUAUAAAUGGUUGUGGUCAAUUCCUAUAUUUCCAUAGAGUGGCGCUACGAGGCCAGCUCAUAUCUGAUUGUUUAUAAAAACAAGAUAUUUUAAGAGUAACAAUUUAUUACAUAUUGAACAGAUAUUUGAAAUAUGGAUGAAACAAAUUUUUACCAAGAAGUGACCAUCUAAUUAAAAUUUCUAAUUGAAAACUAAAACAACUGAUAAAAUCCGUUUAAUAAUCGUUGUGGUAUCAAUCAAUGUAAAUUAACUACAUAGUAGCUUGUGAUAUUGUUGCUUUUCACUUGAUAUCAAUUUUUUUUUCGAUUUAUAUUAUAUGAACCAUGCAAAUUCAUGUAGGCGAUGCUUUGUUUAUCUGUUGUGUCAUUUCAUUUAUGAAUCUGUAAUAAAAAUAAAUCGUUUAUGGUUUGAAAGAGAAAUAAGAGCCGACAUUUGUACAAUAACUUUUGAUUGAAUAAUUAUUUUAGCAAAUAAAUAUACAUUCGCAUACAAUGUUGCAACAAUAUCUUCAAUAAUAAUUUGUCCAAUAAAUGGAUUUUUACUUGGAUUUAAAGCUGAGAAAAGUAGAAAACAAAAAUUAUUAAAUAUUUCACUUGUUGAAACAACUUCAUGGUUAUUAAAUAUUACUUUAUGUAUUAUAUUAAUGUUUUUAUCACCAAAUAUAAUCAUUCCAAUAUUAAUAAUAAAUUGUUUAUCACGAGCAACAAUCAUUGCUGCAUGUCAAGCUGUUAUAUCAACAUUUUUUCCAUCUGCAUAUAUUGGUCGAUUAACUGGAAUAAUGUGGACUAUUGUUGGAAUUGUUACUUUUGUUCAAUUUGCACUUGUUAAAUUAACUAAUCCAAUUGAAGAAGCAUGGAGAGCAUGGCUAGUUGUAUUAUUAUUAGUUGUAAUAAUGUCAACUCAUAUAAUUCAAAUAUGGAUUAAAUAUUUUAAACAAAGAAAAAAAGAAUUAAUUAAUUUUGUUAUAACAAAUACAAGAUUUUGA